AUGUUUGCCGACAUGCUGUCCUGUCAGAGGUUGCAGCAUUGUGUUGACCUCUGUCUGGGCCUGUUCUUGUUCAUAGCGGGGCUGCAGCAGGUGGAAGCAGCCGCCGCCGCCGACACGGAGGUAACCAACAUGAACUGGAAGCCGUUCAUCUACGGAGGGAUGGCCUCGAUUGUCGCAGAAUUCGGGACGUUCCCCAUUGACUUGACCAAGACCCGGCUGCAGGUCCAGGGUCAGUCCCAGUACAUGGAGGUUCGCUACAAGGGCAUGUUUCACGCCCUCUUCAGGAUCGGCAGGGAGGAGGGGAUCCGAGCGCUCUACUCUGGCAUUUCUCCGGCGCUUCUGAGACAAGCAUCGUAUGGAACAAUCAAGAUUGGAACCUACAACUCUCUGAAGAGGCUGUUUGUCAGCCGCCCGGAAGAUGAGACAAUGGUCAUCAAUGUCUUCUGCGGGGUCGUUUCUGGAGUUCUGUCCUCCACCCUGGCCAAUCCCACGGACGUUCUCAAGAUCCGGAUGCAGGCUCAGGGCAGCCUCCUGCAGGGCAGCAUGAUGUCCAACUUCAUCAACAUCUACCAGACCGAAGGCACCCGGGGGCUGUGGAGAGGGGUCAUCCCCACCGCGCAGCGGGCAGCCAUCGUCGUAGGGGUGGAACUUCCUGUCUAUGACAUCACAAAGAAGCACCUCCUCCGUUCGGGCCUGAUGGGAGACACCAUCCUGACACAUUUCAUCUCCAGUUUUACCUGCGGCCUGGCGGGGGCGCUGGCCUCCAACCCCGUCGACGUGGUCCGGACACGAAUGAUGAACCAGCGGGUUUUAUCUGGAAGCCCCAUAUACAAAGGAACGCUGGACGGCCUGAUGAAGACGUGGAAGAACGAGGGCUUCUUUGCUCUCUAUAAGGGGUUCUGGCCCAACUGGCUGCGACUGGGUCCCUGGAACAUCAUUUUUUUCAUCACGUUUGAGCAGCUGAAGAAGCUCCCGUUCUAACCGGAGCGGGACCGGUCCGUCGGGCCGAGAGCAGAGAUGGGAGGAGCACCGGCACGACGCCGCGGCUCAGAGUCAGUCCUCCGCUCAUUUCACCUUUCUUUACGCCACUGUUCGUCCUCGGGCAGCUACAUGUGGGAAAACU